AGGCGAUCCCCCGGCCCCCACCGCAAGCCGCCGCCGCGCGCCGCGCCCCCGCGGGGGCGCCCCCAUGGCGCAUAGCACCGCCGCGCCCCUGCUGCCCGCGGAGAGGGCGGCGUUCGCCGCGGCGUUGUCCGCCCAGCUAGCUCAGUUGGAGAGCCGGCUGCUGGAGGAGCUGGACCGCGCCUUGGGCAGCAGCAGCGCGGAGGCGAGCACCCUGCGCCAGGAGAACGUGCGCCUGCGGAAGUCGCUGCAGCAUCGGGAGCAGCGGUUGUUGGACCAACUGCCUGGCGCGCCAGUCGGCUGCCCCGCCGCGCUCGACCUGCACGACGCCCCGGAGAUCCUUUCGGACAAGGAGCCGCCAGUGGUGAGUGAGCGGAGCUUGCCGGAGGCCCUGCCGGCGCGCUCGCGACGUGGCAGCCCUGCAGGUCUGCCGGAGGCCCCAGCGGCGCGUUCGCGACGCGGCAGCCCUGCCGGCUUGCCGGAGGCCCUGCUGGCGCGCGCGCGACGCGGCAGCCCUGCCGGCUUACCGGGGGAGCCCAUGCCGACCUUGCGGGAGGCGGCGGCUAGCGCCUCCACCUCCCCGACUUCUGGCGCGGCCAAGCCUCGGCGGCGGUCGCUGCCUUCGGUGCUGCAAUGGGCGACAGGGGGCCGCCUCUCGCCGCGCCGUGCACUCGGCGCCGUCUCCGACGCCACGACCGCUGCCGGCCAGGAAGCCGCGGGCAAGGAGCAGCUUGAAGACACGGCGGCAGCGGGGUCGGGCAACCUGAGGCCGUACGCCUUCCGGCACGAGCACGCCGGGUACGGCGCGCCGAGGAGUUCGCCCUCGGACCAGAUCACGCUGGGCCUUCCGGGGCUAGGUCGCCAUGCCGGACGCAUCUCGUCCUUCACGUCCCAGG